AAUUGUUAUUAUAUUCAUCGAGUUGUUUUGUAGGGAACCGAAGGAGACAUCUCUUAAAUUUGAAAAUUCCGCUGCGUGACCACUCGUGGCUUAAAUUCGUUCAUGUAAAAAAAGAAUCGCUAUUAUGAAUGACUGUUUAAAAGAACCAGCUCUUUUUGUUGGUGACAUUAAUGAUGAGAUUGAUUUAAGUUUGCCACCAACAUCUGGCGAAGAUUAUAUCAAACGUGUUGUAAUAGAAGCCAAGAGAUGCGAAAGCGUAGUGGUGGCCGAAAUUGACGAGUCAAGACUCAAGAAACCAACUGUUAAUGUCAAGACUUUGGCAGGAUGUAUUGAAGCACCGCAUCAGCUAAAGCCAACCUUAGAAUGGCAGCAGUGUCAAAUAGCAGACUUUUCCGACGUGAGACUUGAGAUUGCCGGAUUAAGAAGUCGAAUUCACAAUUCAAAUUCAGGCUGGAAGCUUCCUGCGGUGACGCUUCCAGAGAUUGAUGACCAGUCUGGCUGGAUAAAAUUCUGUACAACUCUGUCACCGAUGGAUGGAAACUUGAUUAAUCCUCCCACUCUCAGCACAAUAUUUUCCAUGAGCCAUCCAAUGGUCGAACAAGUUUUGGAAUACCUCGUUGAAAAUAUAGAAACAGAAGAUCAAAUUCGACCUCAUGUUGGGCAGUGGAUUUAUGCUUUGCUCACAGUUCUGGAAUUGCCCUUAAAUCCGGAUGCAUGCUCUUGCUUAAGGAGCUUGGCACGGGCUUGUUCCGCUAUUAGAGUUGAUAUGGAUUCGAGUGACGAGCACCGAUUGAACACGCUCAAUCUCUUCAUCUGCUUAGUUGCUCGAUAUUUCCGUCAACUCGACCUCGUCGAUUCAUGACAUAAUUCACCAAAUAAUAACAUUGUACAAAACGAGACUCGAUUUACGUUUUUAGAAUACAAUUUUCAUACAAUGCAAUUGUUCGAUAGACU